GAAUGACUAAGUAGCAAGUAGUAUAAGAAUUAGUUGUUGAAAUUGAAGAUUUGUGUGCGGCAAACGUUGAAUUCAUAAGGUAUGAUAUGGUGGAGGUAUUCAUCGCGUGAGCCGUACAUCAUCGUCCGGAAGAACGUGUCCAAAGAGAAACAGUAGUAUCAAGUCAAAAGGGCGAAUGGAAAAUUAUUGUAAAGGAGGGGCUGAAGAGAAAGGUGCUCCAUAAACGCGGUGACGCCUGUCCCUUCUAUAUAAGCCCCACAACUUCACCCCAUUAGCCUCUCCCUCUCUCUAAGUCACCACUACGAGCACCUGUUCAAUUUAGCCCCUGCCACAUCUCUCUCUCUCUCUCUCUCUCUCCCCCCCUCCACUUCUUUCUGUAGUUAACUGUUCUUUAUUACCACCAUGCAACUUAGUUUAUCAACACCUUUUGCUUUUGCAACUUUACGAUAUUCUCAGGUUGCUAUUGUGAUGGUACCAGUCCUGUUCUGCUGUUUUUCGCUGUUGCUUCUUUUUCUUCAAUGGCAUCACCCCAAAGACAAACGCCUACCACCUGGAUCAAUGGGCUGGCCUUAUAUUGGAGAGACACUCAAGCUAUAUACCGAGAAUCCAAAUUCCUUCUUCUCCAAUAGGCAAAAACGGUUUGGAGACAUAUUUAAGACCCACAUCUUGGGAUGCCCUUGUGUGAUGAUUUCAAGUCCAGAAGCAGCAAGAAUUGUUCUAGUGACACGGGCUCAUUUGUUCAAGCCUACAUAUCCGACCAGUAAAGAAAAGAUGAUAGGACCAGAGGCUCUGUUCUUUCAUCAAGGGCCCUAUCAUUCAAGACUCAAGAAGUUGGUGCAGGCCUCUUUUUUACCCUCUGCUAUAAGAGGGUCUGUCUCAGAGAUCGAGCAAAUUGUCCUCAGACUUCUUCCCACUUGGAAGAGUAACACUAUUAAUACUUUGCAAGAAAUGAAGAGGUAUGCUUUUGAUGUGGCAAUGAUUUCUGCCUUUGGUGCGAAACAAGACAUGGAAAUGGACGGGAUUAAGCAUCUGUAUCGGUGCCUGGAGAAGGGAUAUAAUUCUAUGCCUCUGGAUUUACCAGGAACACCCUUCCACAAAGCAAUGAAAGCAAGGAAGCUACUCAACGAGACAUUGAGGAAAUUGAUACAGAAGAGAAGGCAAAGCGGGAGACGUGAAGGAGGAUUGCUUGGAGUGUUAUUAGGAGCUAAAGAUCACGAGAAGCUGAAUCAGCUUAGUGAUUCUCAAAUUGCUGAUAAUAUAAUUGGAGUGAUAUUUGCUGCUCAUGACACGACUGCUAGUGUCCUGACAUGGAUCUUGAAGUACUUGCAUGAUAAUCCAGAUUUACUAGAAGCUGUCACAAGAGAACAGGAAGUGAUUAGAAGCAAAAUAGUAGAGGCAAAUCGAGGGCUUACGUGGGAGGAUACAAGGCGCAUGCCGUUGACUAGCCGGGUGAUCCAAGAGACGCUAAGAACAGCAAGUAUACUGUCUUUCACGUUCAGAGAAGCAGUUCAAGAUGUUGAGUUUGAAGGCUACUUUAUCCCCAAAGGUUGGAAGGUUCUUCCUCUCUUUAGAAGCAUUCAUCAUUGUGCAGAUUUUUUCCCUCAACCCGAGAAAUUUGAUCCUUCAAGAUUCGAGGUGCCUCCGAGACCUAACACGUACAUGCCCUUUGGCAAUGGAGUGCACUCCUGUCCAGGAAGUGAGCUAGCCAAGCUUGAGAUGCUCAUUCUACUGCACCAUCUCACAACCACUUACAGGUGGCAAACAGUGGGAGACGAGGAUGGUAUACAGUAUGGCCCUUUCCCUGUGCCCAAACUGGGGCUACCUAUAAGGGUGAACCGCAGGAACAAAGCAGCAACAUCCUGAUUGGAUAGAAAUCGGAUUCUCAACCGCGAUCGGAGCUGUUUCAAUGAGGCCAAAAAAAGCAAAAUGGCCCCAUUGAGUUUCUUCUUUAAAUUUUCUCUUUUGUUUGUUUCCCUCUAGUUUUAUUUUGGUUGUUAAAAAUCGUUGUUGGGGAUCCUUAAUUUGCUAAUUUGAUGGGCUGCGUAUGGUUUGUUAA